AUGGCGGAUUACCUGCGUAGUCUCGGUCAUCGGACUGAAACGGCCAUGACCUGUCGAUCUGCUCUGGAUCGAAUCAAAGAAUACAACUUCCAGGUUGUCAUCUGCGACGUGAACCUGCCCGAUCAAGAUGGUUUUCAGCUGCUCGAAUGGGUCACCGCCAACAAGCCCGACACUUCCGUGAUCCUGUUGACAGGCUAUGGGACGAUCGAAAGUGCCGUGGAAGCGAUUCGACUGGGAGCCUUUGACUACCUGACCAAGCCGGUCAUUGAUGACGAACUGAACUUCUCAAUUCAGCGAGCCCUCGGUCAGCGACAGAUCGUUGAAGAGAACAAGAAACUGAAGCAGCAGUUGAAUGAGAAACAUGCCAUCUCAAAUAUCAUUGGCCGCGAUUACAAGAUGGCCAAAAUGUUUGACCUGAUUGAAAGCGUGGCGGACACCCGCACGACUGUUCUGAUCUUAGGAGAGAACGGAACCGGAAAAACCAUGAUGACCGCGCGAGCAAUCCAUCAACUCAGCUCGCGUAAAGACAAACCUUUCGUUGAAGUUGCCUGUGGAGCCCUGCCAGAUAGCUUACUGGAAAGUGAACUGUUCGGACACGUACAGGGCGCGUUCACAGGAGCCUCGCACGAUAAGAUCGGUAAGUUCCUGCAGGCAGACGGAGGAACCUUAUUCCUCGACGAAAUCGGAACAGCCUCGCCCAGUCUACAAGUGAAACUGUUGCGAGUACUUCAAGAUCGAGAGUUUGAGCCCGUCGGCGGAACUGAAACGCACAAAGUCGAUGUCCGUCUUGUCCUGGCAACGAAUGAAGACCUGGAGGCCCGAGUUCGCUCCGGUGAGUUCCGACAGGAUCUCUAUUACCGCAUCAACGUGAUCUCCGUCACUCAGCCACCACUGCGUGAAAGAAUCGGUGACAUCCCGCUCCUCGUGGAACAUUACAUCAAUGAGUUCAACCAGCAGGCUGGCAAAGAAGUUCGUGGUUUCAACGAACAGGCUUUGCAAGCUUUACAGCGAUACAACUGGCCCGGCAAUGUUCGUGAACUCGUCAAUGUCGUGGAACGAGCCAUUGUCUUAAGCAAGGGCGACCUCAUCACACUCGCUGACUUGCCAGAACAGGUUCGUCAGGAACCGGCCGAAAGUUCCGGGACAGUCAAUCGUCUGGCAGGCAAUCCAAACCUGAAAUCGGCUCUCGCUGAUCCUGAACGACAGAUCAUCAUUGAUGCCCUAGAGCAAAACGGCUGGAACCGCCAGGACACCGCCCGCCUGCUCGGUAUCAAUCGUACGACGCUCUACAAGAAAAUGAAGAAGUACGACAUUACUUACGAGAAUCAUGCUCAGAUUUUCUGA